AUGUCCGUCCUCCGCAACAUCAAGAGCCUCGCGCCUCUCCUCGACCGCGUCCUGGUCCAGCGCAUCAAGCCCGAGGCCAAGACCGCCUCCGGCAUCUUCCUCCCCGAGAGCAGCGUCAAGGAGCAGAAUGAGGCCCAGGUCCUCGCUGUCGGCCCCGGUGCCGUUAGCAAGGAUGGCCAGCGGAUUCCCAUGGGUGUCGCGCCUGGUGACAAGGUCUUGAUUCCUCAGUUCGGUGGAAACGCGAUCAAGGUCGGCGAGGAGGAGUACACCCUCUUCCGGGACGCUGAGUAUGUUCUAUACGUUGACCCAUUGUCUCUGUUCCUGGCGCUAACGCAUCCCACAGCAUCCUGGCUAAGAUCAAGGAGUAAAUUCUUUGAAUAA